UAUCUGGCUGAUGGCCAUUGUUUGGCAGCCUGUCCCUCCGGUUGGUUCUUCAGUGCUCCUCUACCGCUUCCAUCUCUCUCUUCACAGAACUCGAUCACCAUACCCAAUGAUCUUUCGCCUACCUAUCGUUGUUUGCCAUGCCCGGCAGGCUGUACUAGUUGCAGAAUUGACGGGAAAAUGGUCGGCGAUAUCUCCAUUAGCCACUCAAAUGAGAGUCACCAGUUCUUUUGCCUGACAUGCGAGCCUGGCCUCAAGUUGUAUAAUGGCAACUGCAUUCUUGACUGCUCUUCCAAUUUUAAAGCUUUCCUUUUUCUUGCCCUUUGCACCAGUUCUAUUCAGGCUAAAAUUCACAACAUUACCUGCCUUAUAUGUGAUGGCUCUUGCCGAGGCUGUUCUUUGGCCCCGGAUCGCUGUCUCGCCUGCCUCCAUGAUACACCUUUUAUUUUACCUCAACUUAUUGGCCAACACAAAUCUCGUCCAGAUCCCGACAUGCAGCCAUCUUUGUCACUUUCAUCUCAAACGCAACAGUCUGAUGUUAAGAUAUUUGAGAUUCCCUCUCAGUUAAGAAUGACUAUGCAAUGUGUUAAGCGAUGUCCCCUCGGUUAUCGAGAGGCCGUUUAUCGUGUAGCAUUCUACGAUCAGCCAAUCUGUCUGCCCUGUCCGCCUGCAUGCGCCUCGUGUCGCCUUGUAUGCUAUGCCAUCGAGGCCAUUUGUUAG